AUGGAAAAAUCUGCCACAUCGCGCAGACAUCCCGUAAAUUCAAAACAAAAAGAAAUAUUAGUAGAAUUCAUGAAACAACAUUCCGAUUUAAAGACCGGCAGGUUUACUUCCCAAUUUACAUUUAAAAAAGCUCAGCAACUUUGGGAGGAAAUAGCAGCUAAACUAAACAAAAUAUCAAAUGGCUCACAAAAAAACUGGCGUCAAUGGAGAAAGACUUGGCAAGAUCUUAGCAUGCAAAAACUAAAGCAUCAAAAAACAAGAUGUAUGCAAGCCAGACAGGUGGGGGACCUCCAGUAGUUGAAGUCUUGGAAAAAGUUGAAAACGAAAUCUUGGACUUAAUGACGCCCAUUGCCAUCCAAGGACUUCCAUCUAUUAAAGAAUCUUCAACUCAUUUCAACUUUGACACAGACUUCUAUGACUUAAGUAGUUUUGAUAUAAAUAAUGAUGAGGAUAUACCUAAUCAAAACCCUAGAUUGGACACUAACAUAGGAGAUAUACAUAUGGAGCAAGAAAUACAGGAUCACAGUGUAGUUAACGAUAUACAGUUUGAUGAGGUCAUUAUUGAUCAAGAAAAUACAGUACACCCUAGUACUGGUACUGGCAACAAGACUGGCAAUGACCACUCAUAUUCUUUAGAGUUUCCCGGGCCAAAAGAAAAAGGAAUCAUCCCGAAGAAGCGACUCACUAAAACCAGAAGGUUAACUAGCUCUCUACAAGUAGGUCAAAAAGCCGCAAAUUCCAUGGACAGAAGGACUGAGAUGUUUGAGAGCUACUACGAAGAAAAAAAGAAUUAUUUGAAACACAGGAAAAAUUAUGAAAUGAAAAAAUUAAACUUGCUUAGAAUUAAUAAGAACACUAACUUACAAAUUCUAGAAACAUUAAAAUCUAUGCAUAAAUGCAACUGUUCAAAGUAA